AUGUCAAGUUAUCCGGGCGAACAUACAAAUAUUCCCAAGCAUUUGGCUGAAUCACUUCAAUAUCAACCUUUGAAUCACUUGGUACCGAAAACAGAAAUUUCUGCCCUGUUACACUCGACCUUUUCAUGGACAGUGAAAGUUAAUAACGAUGUGAUGGAAACUUCACCUUCUCUUCCAUUGAACGAAUCUGUAUCUUUCCAACUCAGCUCUCCAAGUAACAGCGCUGAAGAUCCUCUAAAAUUUAAAAGAAUCAAACUUCAAGGGAUGGAUAAGGAAAGUUCAAGUACCGAUAUAUUUGAGGGGCUUUCGGCGCUCGCUAAAAGCAUGCUACCUCAUACAGGUACCGUCAAUUCAGACUUGGUUGUUGCAAAUGCUAUACCUCAUUCUCAAAAACACGCAAGAGAUCAAGAAAUAACUGAAGAUGUUCAGCUUAUGGCCUCUAAAAAGAGAACUAAAGUUACAGCAGACAUCUCUCUCACACAGCUUUCAUUCGCUGAACAGUAUUUAAUUGAUUUAAACAGCCUGUUGAAAAUACUUGGCGAUAACAAGAUUUCCGCUACUGGUGCAGAUCCUCAACAUUGGUUGACAUUAAACGGAGAACUUUUGUUGUCUGAAAACUGUUUGAAGAACCUGAUAAAGGCACUUAAAAAUACCAUCACUAUUCCUGGCUUAUUGCAAAAGGUUGACGUAAAAAACCUUCAAAUGAUUUUAUCCAGAUGUGCAGAUAACAUAUUUACCGUUUUACACAAUUUUGAAAACCGGUCAUAUAACACCUUAAAAAUCGCGUCCGAUUCUGCUGUGGUUAUUUUUAUAAUAUUUUCUAUGGAUAUCCAAGAUCGCUCUCUAUACCUGGAGCGUUACAUCUCUCUUCCAAUAAGAUUCAUAAAUUUGAUUGUUGAUGAACUAAAAGAAGAGGAUCUAGAUGUUUUGAACCAAACGCAAAGUAUGAACCUUCUGUUACCCAUCGGACAUCUUCUACCUCAAUACCUCAAGAGAGGUCAUGCGCUCGACGAAGGAUUGAUUACUAAAUUGAUCUACAUCUUUUCCGAUUUAAUAGUUUUCUCCGUCUCAGAUGUGAACACUAACAUUUGCACUCAGAAUAACUGUGAAAAAUUAAAGUCAAUUAGUUCAGAUGGUUUGUAUAUGAUCUUUCGCAGAUUCACGGACCAGCAAACGUUCAUAGUUGAUGAGUUGCUAUCCCACUUGAAUAUGCUACCCACUACUCGCUCUCAAAAAAAGCUGAAAAAAGUCAGCGAUACUUGUCGAGUAAGUCACCUAACUUAUGCUCUAGUCUCGAUGCUUCAAACAGUGAAUUCUUAUGAUGGCCUUUUUCGUUUCGAUGAAAACUACGAAAAUACUUUCGAAGAUUUUCUCAAACAUCAUGAGAAUCAGCAACACUCAAUUAGCACACUGAUUGAACACAUUAACGACGCUAUACUUAAGAAAUGCUUUUCAAACGUUUCAAAAGAACGUUAUAUUUUAGAAUGUUACGUUCAAGACCUAAUAGCUUUGGUUUCACUUCCGAAUUGGUCAAUAACAGAAAUAAUGUUGGCCUCUUUGCUGAAAAAAAUGCUAGCAGUUUUUACUCCCGCACAUCAAGAAUCUGCUAACAUCGAAGGACUCGUUCUCUCAAUUGCUGGAAAUAUUGGAAGUACGAUCCAGGAUAUUAGCUUAAAAACCCAAGGAAAUGAAGUCAAUAAUCUAAUAAAAGUGUUCAACAAACCCGAACGCUUACCCGCGCUGAUGUCAACGUUUCAUAAAUGUCUAUCCCGUUUAAAUGCAGAUGAUCCUGAUGAUUCACAGUUUGGGUUUCUAUGGCACAAGCAAAUCUCUAUGCUCCUCAGUCUCAUUGGAUUUGACCCAGAUUCAGAACGGUGGACCGCGAUUGUUAAUGAGAACAUUUUAAAGGUACUUCAGGGAACUCCUGACCAAUACACGUUUUCUAACUGUAAAACUUCAAAUAGUAAUGAACUUGGCGCGGAUUUAGAUUAUUUGUCAUCGCUACACGUGUUUGAACUGGUCAAUCUUUAUGAGCCAUACACUAAACUCAUAAUAUCUCUCUUGAAUAGGCCCAAGAUUAAAUUACGAUCCGGGGCAAUCAAAUGCUUAUCUCUGCUAGCUUCAAAAGACGCAACACUUUUAAAAAUGCCAUCAGUGAAGGAAACAAUAGAGCUAAGAUUACAGGAUUCAUCAGCUUCUGUGAAAGAUGCCAUUUUAGAGCUACUGAGUUUAGAUAAAUCAUACCUCGACUUUUAUCGCCAGAUCAACUUGAAUUUCAACGAUGAAAGCACAUUAGUGAGGCGGCACGUUCUGAAGUUGAAUUUGAGUAUUUAUGACGAUUCAAAUGAUGUGAUGGUUAAGGCAUUUGUUGCUAAUCGAAUUCUUAGAAGAACAGAAGAUGAGGAAGAUUCUAUCAUCGAAAUGGCAAGAACGGCACUAUUGAAUAGGUGGUUCUUAGACAUUGAAAAGAUGGACGAAACUUCAGAUAGCCAAGAACAGCUUCAGAAAUCAAUUCAAGUGAUAUCCACUAUGGUCAGUUUAAGUGAGAAGGCAUUUGAACUGUUUGAUCGCUUUUUGAACUUUUAUGUUUUGAACAAAUAUGCACAUCAUCGAGAAGAGCUUACUAAAAUUAUAAUAUCAAUGAAAAAACUAACAGAUAAAAUCGUCGAAAUGUCAGUCAGCUUUCAGUCUGAAAAUGAGGAAGACAAAAAAGAAGAUCAUGAUAUCUCUCAUACGCUCCAGAUAUUAUCUUUAAUUACCGCGUGUGAUGAUUGCUUUAUAACCAAAGAUCACAUUGCUGCUCUCUAUCCUUACAUAGCAUCUCCAGUUAAAUCUAAUUGGGAAUGCUACAUACUGCGUGUGUUCAAAAAUAGCUUUUCAAAACUGUCCAAUUUUAAACCGAAAUUUCUCUAUGAUUUGGAAACAUCAAUAUUGGGCCAUUUAACCAAAAUGAAUGCACGCGAAUUGGAAGAAGCAAUUCCAUUGUCAUGGCUCAUCGCAAAGCAUCGAAAAGAUAGCACAAGAAUUUCGAAGGCAUGCUCAUCAUGCUUGAUUCACCUAACCCCCUAUAUUAAUCAAGCUACAAAGGACCCGAAGCUUGUGCAGGCGGAUGGAAAACUGCAAAAGCUAAUUUAUUUAGCAUCCGGGUUUUCGAGAUAUUGCCAGCUCGAAAAUAAGGAGAGCAUCUUCCCAAACUUGAAGACGCGGGAACCAAUUUUUGAAUAUGUUACAAAAUGCCUGAUACUUUUAACUCGGGAAGGCAUUCAUAGUAACAUCAAAAGAAUAGCUGUUAAAAAUCUUGUUAGAAUUGCAGUGACAUUUCCGAAACUUUUUAAUUCUCGACAUGUUUUAAAAGUUUUAGAUUAUGAGUUUGAACAAGGGACGGUAGAGAUGAAGCUGGCACUGAUAGAAACUCUAUACGAUUUUUUCCUAUCUGAAGAACAAAAGUCCUUGAAAAUUACCGAAGGUAAUGGUGCCACCACAUCAUCAAGCCUUGCUUCUUUGAAAGAUAAACUCAAAAUUAGCAAAUUGGGAAUAGGAAAUGAUACUAUAUGUUCCGCUCUUGUUUCAAGAUACUUGAAAGAUAUCCUCAAAAUUUGUCUUUACGAUCAACCUGAUGUUUCUUUCAGAGCACUUAGAUACUUGAAACUAAUUUUAGAAUAUGGUUACACCAAUCCAACACAUUGUCUUCCGAGCCUAAUUGCUCUUGUAUCCUCUAAACACCUCGUUGUUAGAACCCUCGCUCUUUCCAUCCUCAAAAACAUGCUGGACAAACAUGAAAGCAUGAUUUUCAAUAGUUUAGUCCCAGGAAUUAGACUCGCGAUCGAAAGCAUAAGGGAAAUAAAUACCGAUAGCUUACGAGAGCAUGCACAUUUCCUAAGCAGAUUGCAAGAACUUUUUUCGGCUGGGAAAAAGGCCACCUCAAAGUUCAUACGGUCUGUCAGGAAGGCUUUUGAUACGUACUUUUCACACAUCAGCGAUCGAAGCAAAACUUUGAAAGAUGGCGUUCUGUUCAUGAGCCUGAAUAUGGUUCAAAUGCAUUUUGAAGAUCAGCUGCAACUUUACUCUUUUGUGAAAGUACUUGACUCAAGAUGCGAACAGUUAGAAGAUACCAUUACAGAUACCCUUAGGGAGGGCCAAAACCAAAACCAAAGCGACAAUCAAAAUUUAUCAAAUUUAAUUAUUGCGCGCCUUUCACUGCUAGACUUAAGAUCAUUCUAUUUCCAAAGAUUCUCUUUGAGUGAGGAAAAACUUUCUGUAAUCGGAACAACAGAAGAAAACGAAUUAAAAUCGAAAUCUCUGGGAUACAAUCAAGAUUAUUCUAAAUCCACCGAAUUUUUCAGCUUUGACAUCACUGCCGAACCAAAAGAAUUACUUGCCAAUUAUUUAAGUGCAUCAGAUUUGAUUUGA